AUGAAGAGGACAUCAUCCUGGACAGGGGAGCAGGUGGACAGUGAGACUUUUCUGCUGGGAGGAGGUUCAGGGGUGUGUGAGAUAGGUGAGGUAGUGAGGGUGGUUUUGCACACAGAUCAAAAGGUCUUCAUCAACAGAGACAGACUCACAGACAUACAGAAUAGACUUGGGGUUGCCAAUCGAGAGGAGUUUGGGGGAGGAAUGGGGUGGGUGGUUGGGGUCAGCAGAUGUAAGCUAUUAUAUAUGGAAUGGAUAAACAACAAGGUCUUCCUGUACAGCAGGGGUCCCCAACCUCUGGGAGCUAAUGCCUGA